CAUUCCUUGGUUCACAAUCCUUUAAAACUGAUGAAAAUCGAACCAAUAUAUGUAUAUUAUUUGUUUAUAUGCAAGUUAAGCUCAUUAGCCCAACCCUAAGGUCCAUUCAAGAUUUGCUAUUUAAUAGCCCAUUUUAGAUUUGUUGUUAUUAUUAUUUUGAAAAUAUUAAAACCCUAACCUCAAAGAUGAAGCUCACCCUCAUCAUUGGGCCAGCUCAGUCCAUCCUAAAAGGUGAAGGUCCAAGCUCAAAUCAGCCCCAAGUAUAAAAGGUAAGACAUUGUUUGGACUUGGAUGCGGCUGCCUCUCCAACCCUGCAAUUCAUUCCUCCUAAGUUCAUUGCCACAAGCUUCUUCCUCUUUUCCUUGUUCGCUUCCUCGCCGACGUUGUAUGAUUAUUUUCUUUCUUUCUUGUUUCUUUUUCUUUCACCUUUGAAUAUUUUUUAUUUUCCUACUUCUUCAUUUCUUCAAUUUGUUUUUUUUUUUUAAUGAGUUAUGUUAUUCUUUCUAUUGCUCUUCCAUUUUUCUUCCCUGUUCAGUAGGUAAAAUGGAAAAAAAAAAAAAAAAAAAAAUUGUACGGAUGACCCAAAAAUUGGGCCCAAAAGGUCAAAUGACCCUCUGAUGACAUACCAAAUUACGUAAAUUACCCUAACUUCUUCGUCUUACCUUUUUACUGAAAACCCACCAAAACUAAAAACUAUUGGAAAAUUUGUACGUAUGACCCAAAAAUUGAGACAAAAAUGUCGAAUGACCCAUUUUUAAAAAAUAAUGUCAAUUGACCCUCUGUUGACAUCAUCGCCAUACCAAAUUACAUAAAUUGCCCUUACACUGGCUGGCCUCACGAGGUAAAUUUUACUCUCGUCUGAUUAAAAGCUCUCGCUCUCGCUUGAAAUUCCCUGGAUUGAUGUGAUUGCUUGUCAGUGUACUGUUGGUUUGACAAUUUUCACGACGGAAGCCUCAAAUCAUAUCAAUAAUACCUAAACACAAUACAAUGGUGAUUUCUUUAAAUUAUAAACUCCAUUUCAAAUGUGAUUACUUCUCUGGUUUUCGACAGUGUUUUGUUGAACGGAGAUUUUUCGAACGGGGAUUUCCAAGGCGAGGCUUUUUCAGAAAGGAACAACUUUUUCAAAAAGGAUGACAAAAAAGUGUAUUUAUUCGAUUUGGAGGUGAUUGGGAUGAGAAUGAAAGUUCGUAUAUUGGGGGACAGUUGAAAGGAAUCGUUGUGCCUCAUUGAAUUAUGAAGAACUUAAAUCUCGCAUUUACAGGGCUACAAAAGUCAGCUCUUCAGAGUUUGAUAUUAUACUGAAAGUUAAAUAUAAUCUUGAAUAGCCCCUCCACAAUGCAUAAUGGAUGAUGAUAAUGGGGUUUGGAAGUCUAAACAGGACGAAAGAGUUGAAAUGAGGUUUGAAAAUGUGAGUUAUGAUGAUACGGAUGUGGACAGACAAUACAAGGAAUCAUAUCAGUUUCGUCGGGAAGAGGAUGAUAUUCUAUUGUCUACCAGCACUGAUAUUCCAUUGUCUACCAACAUUGUACCAUCAACAUUCGAUUAUAUGGAUCGUGGUCCUUCAGUGGAUGUAGAUGUGAAUGAACAACCAGCAGGAUUGAAUGAAAUGGAUCGUGAUCAUGGAGAUGUACGUCAUUCUACAGCAGCUUCAAUGGUUCCACCAUCUGUGUCUUCAAAUCAUAGAACAGAGUUGAUUAUGCCUGACACAUCUUCAUUUGGGAUAGAGGACGUUGAAGUUGGUCAACUAUUUUUGAGCAAAAAGAACUUGAAAAUGAGAUUAUCUAUUCUGUCCAUCAACAAAAAUUUUGAAUUUAAGGUCGGGAAAUCAACCAAAUCUCUGUUCACUAUCAAAUGCAUUGGGAAGACAUGUAAGUGGAGCCUUCGUGCAGUCAAAAUGGAAGGGUCUGAUAUAUUCAAGAUCACAAAGUACUGCAGUUCGCACACAUGUUCCAUAGGAAUUUUGAAUCACGAUCAUAGACAAGUAACAGCUACGGUUGUUGGUCAGCUCAUCGAAGAUAAGUUCAUGGGCAUAGGACGUAUUUAUAAACCUUGUCAUAUUGUUGAGGAUAUGAGGAGAGAUUAUGGUGUGAGCAUAAAUUAUGAUAAAGUGUGGCAUGCAUGGAAGCCGCGUAUGAUCUCACUAAAGUACUCUAGAAUACUCAUACUUCAUACUACAUGCUUAUAGAGAAGCGCUAAAAAUAGAGAAUCCGGGUACAAUCUUUAAGAUCAAACUUCAAGAUGAGGUGAAGUAUAUAUUUAUGGCAUUAGGGCCAUGUAUUAGAAGUUUUGCAAGCUGUCGGCCUUGUAUUAUUGUUGAUGGGUCGCACUUGAAAGGAAAAUACAAAGACACUAUGUUGGUUAUGGUUUCUAUGGACGAGAACAAUCGACUAUAUCCACUAGCAUAUGUAAUAUUGGACAAUGAAACCGAUUGAUCAUGAAAAUAGUUUAUGUCAAACUUGAAAUGCAGUAUCGUAGAACCCGAUAAUCUGGUGUUUGUGUCUGAUUGGAUGGUAUCUAUCGGCAAUGUUAUUCGUGCAUUUUUUCCCACAGAAUUUCAUGGAUUGUGCACAAGGCAUAUAGAACAGAAUCUGGUUACAAACUUUAAAGAUAGCACGUUGUUGGGAUAUUUAGAGAUGCAACAAGGGCAUUUCGCAUGACAGAGUUCCAGACAAAAUGAGAUGAACUCCGCAGUUUUAGAGACGGUACUGUCACGAAAUAUUUGGAAUACAUCGGUCUUCAAAGGUAGGCACGGGUUUACCAAAUAGAACGAAGAUAUGAUAACAUGGCAUCCAAUAGUACAUAGUGUUUCAAUUCCUUAACUAAAAAGUAUCGACUAAUGCCCAUAGUAUGUUUGAUUGAACAUGUGAGAGGAAUGCUCCAAUCGUGGUUCUACGAACGGAGGAAUUACUGGGCAUCUCGAACGAAAUUGCACUCCGACUACUGUGAAACCUAAUUGGCAAGUGAAGCCAAUAAGGGCAGACGAUAUCGGGUGGAGCUUAUUGAUUGUUAUCGGGUACACGUGCGAGAUAAUCGAUUGGACAGUAUUGUCAAUCUUCACACGAAGGAAUGCACGUGUAAGGAAUUCGACUCACUUGGUAUCCCGUGUUCCUAUGCAAUUGUUGCUGCCAAGGAAAGAAAUAUACUUGUGCUUAUCCACCGUCUUUGUAGUCGAUUUUAUACAGUGAACUUUCUAAUGACUGCGUAUGCGGAGCCUAUAAAUCCACUUGGCCACAUAUCUGAAUGGAAAAGACCUUCUGGAUACAUAGAAAAGAUUAUCAUUCCUCCGAAGUUUAUGCCACAAGCCGGGCGAUAGAGAGUGAGAAGAAUACCAUCCAGAGGAGAAUUUUCGUAGACAAAUGAAAUGUGGUCGAUGUGGGAAUUAUAGGCAUAAUCGCCAAAAUUGUACUGAAUCGCUUACAACCGUGCGACGUGCUGAAAAUGCCAGAGACCGAGACACAAACACCCCUCAUCCAGUUUAGUUAUAAAUGCCAUUGAUCAUUUUUUCAUACG